GCGGCCCCAGCGGCGCGGGCGGCCUGGAGCCCCGGGAGCGGCGCGCGCGGCCCCGGCCCAGCCGCCGUCCCGGCCUCGCGCUGCACAUUCUCUCCUGGCGGCGGCGCCACCUGCGGCAGCGUUCGCCCGAACAUGGCGACACGGAGCAGCAGGAGGGAGUCGCGACUCCCCUUCCUAUUCACCCUGGUCGCGCUGCUGCCGCCCGGGGCUCUGUGCGAGGUGUGGACGCAGACGCUGCACGGCGGCCGCGCGCCCCUGCCCCAGGACCGGGGCUUCCGCGUGGUGCAGGGCGAGCCGCGCGAGCUGCGGCUGUGGGCGCGCUGGGGGCCCCGGGGGGCGGACGAGAAGCCGCUCCGGAGGAGACGGAGCGCUGCCCUGCAGCCGGAGCCCAUCAAGGUGUACGGACAGGUUAGUCUGAAUGAUUCCCACAAUCAGAUGGUGGUGCACUGGGCCGGAGAGAAAAGCAACGUGAUCGUGGCCUUGGCCCGGGACAGCCUGGCCCUGGCGAGGCCCAGGAGCAGUGAUGUGUACGUGUCUUACGACUAUGGAAAAUCAUUCAAGAGAAUUUCCGAGAAAUUGAGCUUCGGCUUGGGCAACAGCAGUGAAGCGGUGAUCGCCCAGUUCUACCACAGCCCCGUGGACAAUAAGCGUUACAUCUUUGUAGAUGCUUAUGCCCAGUACCUCUGGAUCACGUUUGACUUCUGCAACACUAUCCAAGGCUUUUCCAUCCCGUUCCGGGCAGUUGAUCUCCUCCUGCACAGCAAGGCCUCCAACCUUCUCCUGGGCUUUGACAGGUCUCACCCCAACAAGCAGCUGUGGAAGUCAGAUGAUUUUGGCCAGACCUGGAUCCUGAUUCAGGAACAUGUGAAGUCCUUUUCUUGGGGUAUCGAUCCCUAUGACAAGCCAAACACCAUCUACGUGGAACGGCACGAACCCUCUGGCUACUCCACGGUUUUCCGAAGUACGGACUUCUUCCAGUCCCGGGAGAACCAGGAAAUGAUCCUGGAGGAAGUGAAAGACUUUCAGCUUCGGGACAAGUACAUGUUUGCUACAAAGGUGGUGCAUCUUUGGGGCAGUCUGCAGCCAUCUUCUGUCCAGCUCUGGGUCUCCUUUGGCAGGAAGCCCAUGCGAGCAGCCCAGUUUGUCACGAGACAUCCUAUUAAUGAAUAUUACAUCGCAGAUGCCUCCGAGGACCAGGUGUUUGUAUGCGUCAGUCACAGUAACAACCGCACCAACUUAUACAUCUCGGAGGCAGAGGGGCUGAAGUUCUCCCUGUCCUUGGAGAAUGUGCUCUACUACAGCCCAGGAGGGGCGGGCGGCGACACGCUGGUGAGGUAUUUUGCAAAUGAGCCAUUCGCUGACUUCCACCGUGUGGAAGGGUUGCAAGGAGUCUACAUCGCUACUCUGAUUAAUGGUUCUAUGAAUGAGGAGAACAUGAGAUCAGUCAUCACCUUUGACAAAGGGGGUACCUGGGAGUUCCUUCAGGCUCCAGCCUUCACAGGAUAUGGAGAAAAAAUCAACUGUGAGCUCGCCCAGGGCUGUUCCCUCCACCUGGCCCAGCGGCUCAGUCAGCUGCUCAACCUCCAGCUCCGGAGGAUGCCCAUCCUGUCCAAGGAGUCCGCUCCCGGUCUCAUCAUCGCCACUGGUUCGGUGGGAAAGAACUUGGCUAGCAAGACGAACGUGUACAUUUCUAGCAGUGCUGGAGCCCGGUGGCGAGAGGCACUUCCUGGACCUCACUACUACACUUGGGGAGAUCAUGGCGGCAUCAUCAUGGCCAUCGCCCAGGGCAUGGAAACCAAUGAGCUGAAAUACAGCACCAAUGAAGGGGAGACCUGGAAAACGUUCAUCUUCUCCGAGAGGCCAGUUUUUGUGUAUGGACUCCUCACGGAGCCUGGCGAGAAGAGCACUGUCUUCACCAUCUUUGGCUCCAACAAAGAGAAUGUCCACAACUGGCUGAUCCUUCAGGUCAAUGCCACAGAUGCCUUGGGGGUUCCCUGCACAGAGAACGACUACAAACUCUGGUCGCCAUCUGAUGAGCGGGGCAACGAGUGUUUGCUAGGACACAAGACCGUUUUCAAACGGAGGACACCCCACGCCACGUGCUUUAACGGAGAAGACUUUGACAGGCCGGUGGUCGUGUCCAACUGCUCCUGUACGCGAGAGGACUACGAAUGUGACUUCGGCUUCAAGAUGAGUGAAGAUUUGUUCUUAGAGGUUUGUGUUCCGGAUCCUGAGUUUUCUGGGAAGUCCUACUCUCCUCCCGUGCCUUGUCCUGUGGGCUCUACUUAUAGGAGAACAAGAGGCUAUCGGAAGAUUUCUGGGGACACUUGUAGUGGAGGAGACGUUGAAACACGACUGGAAGGAGAACUGGUCCCGUGUCCCUUGGCAGAGGAGAACGAAUUCAUCCUGUAUGCCAUGCGGAAGUCCAUCCACCGCUAUGACCUGGCCUCGGGAACCACUGAGCAGUUGCCCCUCACAGGGCUACGGGCCGCAGUGGCCCUGGACUUUGACUAUGAGCACAACUGCUUGUAUUGGUCUGACCUGGCCUUGGACACCAUCCAGCGCCUCUGUUUGAAUGGGAGUACAGGGCAAGAGGUGAUCAUCAAUUCUGGCCUGGAGACCGUAGAAGCCUUGGCUUUUGAACCCCUCAGCCAGUUACUUUACUGGGUGGACUCUGGCUUUAAAAAGAUCGAGGUGGCUAAUCCAGAUGGUGACUUCCGACUCACGAUUGUCAACUCCUCUGUGCUCGACCGGCCCAGGGCUCUGGUCCUCCUGCCCCAAGACGGGGUGAUGUUCUGGACCGACUGGGGAGACCUGAAGCCGGGAAUUUAUCGGAGCAAUAUGGAUGGCUCUGCCGUCCAUCGUCUUGUGUCAGAGGAUGUGAAGUGGCCCAAUGGCAUCUCUGUGGAUGACCAGUGGGUCUACUGGACAGAUGCCUACCUGGACUGCAUCGAGCGGAUCACUUUUGAUGGCCAGCAGCGCUCGAUCAUCCUGGACAACCUCCCCCACCCCUACGCCAUUGCUGUCUUUAAGAAUGAGAUCUACUGGGAUGACUGGUCGCAGCUCAGCAUCUUCCGAGCUUCCAAAUACAGCGGCUCCCAUGUGGCUGUUCUCGCGAGUCAGCUCACGGGGCUGAUGGACAUGAAGAUUUUCUACAAGGGCAGGACAACUGGAAGCAAUGCCUGCGUGUCCAGGCCGUGCAGCCUGCUCUGCCUGCCCAGGGCCAACAACAGUAAAAGCUGCCGGUGUCCAGAGGGUGUGGCCAGCAGCGUCCUCCCGUCUGGGGACCUGAUGUGUGAGUGCCCUCAGGGCUACCAGCGGGAGAACAACACCUGUGUCAAAGAAGAGAACACCUGUCUCCGUAACCAGUAUCGCUGCAGCAAUGGGAACUGUAUCAACAGCAUCUGGUGGUGCGAUUUUGACAACGACUGCGGUGACAUGAGCGACGAGAGAAACUGCCCUACUACCAUUUGUGAUCUGGACACCCAGUUCCGCUGCCAGGAGUCUGGGACCUGCAUCCCACUGUCCUACAAAUGUGACCUUGAGGAUGAUUGUGGAGACAACAGCGAUGAAAGUCACUGCGAAAUGCACCAGUGCCGGCAUGACGAAUACAGCUGCAGCUCUGGCAUGUGCAUCCGCUCCUCCUGGGUGUGUGAUGGGGACAAUGACUGCAGGGACUGGUCUGAUGAAGCCAACUGUACCGCCAUCUAUCACACCUGCGAGGCCUCCAACUUCCAGUGCCUCAACGGACACUGUAUCCCCCAGCGGUGGGCGUGCGAUGGUGACAUGGACUGCCAAGACGGUUCUGACGAGGACCCAGUGAACUGCGAGAAGAAGUGCAACGGAUUCCGCUGCCCGAAUGGCACGUGCAUCCCAUCCAGCAAGCACUGUGACGGUCUGCGGGAUUGCUCGGAUGGCGCGGACGAACAGCACUGUGAGCCCCUGUGCACACGCUUCAUGGACUUCGUGUGCAAGAACCGUCAACAGUGCCUGUUCCACUCCAUGGUGUGCGACGGAAUCAUCCAGUGCCGUGACGGUUCUGAUGAGGACGCGGAGUUCGCAGGAUGCUCCCAAGACCCCGAGUUCCACAAGGUUUGUGAUGAGUUCAGUUUCCAGUGCCAGAAUGGAGUGUGUGUCAGCUUGAUCUGGAAAUGCGACGGCAUGGAUGACUGUGGUGACUACUCGGAUGAAGCCAACUGCGAAAACCCCACAGAAGCCCCCAACUGCUCCCGCUACUUCCAGUUCCAGUGUGAGAACGGCCACUGCAUCCCCAACAGGUGGAAAUGUGACGGGGAGAACGACUGUGGCGACUGGUCUGAUGAGAGGGACUGCGGAGAGUCACGUGUCCUCCCAUCCCCCACUCCCGGGCCCUCUACGUGUCUGCCCAAUUACUAUCGCUGCAGCAGCGGGGCGUGCGUGAUGGACAGCUGGGUGUGCGAUGGGUACCGGGAUUGUGCAGAUGGCUCGGAUGAAGAAGCCUGCCCCUCGCCUGCAAAUGUCACGGCUGCCUCCAUUCCCACUCACCACGGGCACUGUGACCGAUUUGAAUUUGAGUGUCGCCAGCCAAAGAAGUGUAUCCCCAACUGGAAGCGCUGUGACGGCCACCAAGAUUGCCAGGACGGCCAGGACGAGGCCAACUGUCCCACACACAGCACCUUGACCUGUAUGAGCAGGGAGUUCAAGUGUGAGGACGGUGAGGCGUGCAUCGUGCUCUCGGAGCGCUGUGAUGGCUUCCUGGACUGCUCGGACGAGAGCGACGAGAGGGCCUGCAGCGAUGAACUAACUGUAUACAAAGUACAGAAUCUUCAGUGGACGGCCGACUUCUCUGGGGACGUAACGUUGACCUGGACGCGGCCCAAGAAAAUGCCCUCUGCUGGUUGUGUCUAUAACGUCUACUACAGGGUGGUCGGAGAGGGCAUCUGGAAGACCGUGGAGACACACAGCAAUAAAACCAACACCAUCUUAAAAGUCUUGAAGCCAGACACCACGUAUCAGGUCAAAGUGCAGGUCCAGUGUCUCAGCAAAGUGCAUAACACCAACGACUUCGUGACUCUGCGGACACCAGAAGGACUGCCAGACGCCCCUCAAAAUCUCCAGCUGUCACUCCACAGGGAAGAGGAAGGUGUGAUUGUGGCCCACUGGUUUCCUCCCACCCACACCCAUGGCCUCAUCCGAGAGUACAUUGUGGAAUACAGCAGGAGUGGUUCCAAGAUGUGGGCCUCCCAGAGGGCUGCUAGUAACUUUACUGAAAUAAAGAAUUUACUGGUCAACGCUCCAUAUACUGUCAGAGUGGCUGCAGUGACAAGCCGUGGAGUAGGAAACUGGAGCGAUUCUAAAUCCAUUACCACCGUCAAAGGAAAAGUGAUCCCACCACCAGAUAUCCACAUCGACAGCUACAGUGAGAAUUCUCUGAGCUUCACCCUGACCAUGGAGAGUGACAUCAAGGUGAAUGGCUAUGUGGUGAACCUUUUCUGGGCAUUUGACACCCACAAGCAAGAGAAGAGAACUUUGAACUUCCGGGGGAGCAUCUUGUCACACAAAGUUGCCAAUCUGACUGCUCAUACGUCCUAUGAGAUUUCUGCCUGGGCCAAGACUGAUUUAGGGGAUAGUCCUCUGGCAUUUGAGCAUGUCACAACCAAAGGAGUCCGCCCACCUGCUCCUAGCCUCAAAGCCAAGGCCAUCAAUCAAACUGCAGUGGAAUGUACCUGGACUGGCCCCAGGAAUGUGGUUUAUGGUAUUUUCUAUGCUACAUCCUUCCUUGACCUGUAUCGCAAUCCGAAGAGCUUGACUACUUCCCUCCACAACAAAACAGUCAUUGUCAGUAGGGAUGAGCAGUAUUUGUUUCUGGUCCGGGUGGUGGUGCCCUACCAAGGGCCAUCCUCCGACUACGUCGUGGUGAGGAUGAUCCCAGACAGCAGGCUCCCACCUCGUCACCUGCAUUCGGUUCAUACUGGCAAAACCUCAGCUGUCAUCAAGUGGGAAUCCCCGUAUGAUUCUCCUGACCAGGACCUGUUAUAUGCAAUUGCUGUCAAAGAUCUAAUAAGAAAGAGUGACAGAAGCUACAAAAUAAAAUCCCGCAACAGUACUGUGGAGUAUACCCUUACCAAGUUGGAACCUGGAGGGAAAUACCACAUCGUUGUCCAACUGGGGAACAUGAGCAAAGAUUCCAGUAUAAAAAUCACCACAGUUUCAUUAUCUGCACCUGAUGCCUUAAAAAUCAUAACAGAAAAUGACCACGUUCUUCUGUUUUGGAAAAGUCUAGCUUUGAAGGAAAAGCAUUUUAAUGAAAGCAGGGGCUAUGAGAUACACAUGUUUGAUAGUGCCAUGAAUAUCUCCGCUUACCUUGGGAAUACUACUGACAAUUUCUUUAAAAUUUCCAAUCUGAAAUUGGGUCAUAAUUACACUUUCACUGUGCAAGCAAGAUGCCUUUUUGGCAGCCAGAUUUGUGGGGAGCCUGCUGUCCUGCUAUAUGAUGAGCUGGGGUCCGGUGAGGACGCAUCAGCGUUCCGGGCUGCCAGGUCUACUGAUGUUGCUGCCGUGGUGGUGCCCAUCCUGUUCCUGAUACUGCUGAGCCUGGGGGUUGGGUUUGCGGUCCUGUACACCAAGCAUCGGAGGCUGCAGAACAGCUUCACUGCUUUUGCCAAUAGCCACUACAGCUCCCGGCUGGGCUCGGCCAUCUUCUCCUCGGGGGACGACCUGGGGGAGGAUGAUGAAGAUGCUCCCAUGAUAACUGGAUUUUCAGAUGACGUCCCCAUGGUGAUAGCCUGAAAGCUGUCCUCACUAGAAACCAAAUGGUGUAAAUAUUUUAUUUGAUAAAGAUAGUUGAUGGUUUAUUUUAAAAGAUGCACUUUGAGUUGCAAUAUGUUAUUUUUAUAUGGGCCAAAAACAAAAACAAAAACAACAAAAAAAGGAAAGCAAGGAAUGAAUAAACUUUGUAGUAAUCGACUGUGAACUUCAAACCAGGUUGAUUUCAGUAACCAAAUUGCUUUGAUGUCAUAUUAAUGUAGUCUUACAGGGCUGUGCUUGCUGGGCAUGCUUUUAAAUCUGUGAGAUAAUUUUGGUUCAACAAAUUGGCCAUUCUUUUUAUUUUUCUAAGACACAGAAAUGUAUUUAAUAAAAACUUCAAGAGAGGGUGAUGGGUGGAAUCCCUCCCACCCCCCCUCGUUGAAAGUGUGCUCAAAUUUUAAAUUUUGUUUGGAUUUAGUUUGUAUGAAAGUGUUUGUGUGUAUUAUGGGGGAAGGUUCUUUUCUGUAAUUUUGUUAAUUUAUUGGGACUCUGUAUAAGGCAGGGCUUUCGUGGUCAUCCGACUCUGCACGUUAUGAGGGGUCACAGGGUUGAGGGGUGGGGAACAGAAGCAGUUUUGUUGCCAUUCCGGAAACAGUCCGUUUUUAUUCACUCGUGUGUCGCAUAGUGGUUUUUGGCAGGAGAGCACACCGAAUCAUUGCUCAGUUCCAGUGAAACAGCUGCAGCUCAGGAAGGCCCUGCAAGCCACAGCUUCUUCUCUUACGUUAAUGGAUGGAAUCUUACCGUCUACGCCUCUGCACAAGACGUAGCUCUCCUUGCUGCAAGAUGGGAACACUGCUGCAUUAUACCCUGGUGUCGUGGUCACCACAACAAAUGACUCUGCUUGUGGGAGAGUACUAGGUCUGUGCCACGGGAGAUACACUGGCAGAUAGAGUACCUAAUUUGUCCUUUGCCAAUCUUUUGUUUUCCUUACCACUGAAGAAUCUCGAAUGUAAAGGUUUUUUUUUUGUUUUUUUUUGUUUUAAUUUGAGAGAGCAAGUGAGAGAGCGCAAGCAGGGGGAGCGGCAGGCAGAGGGAGAAGCAGACUCCCUGCUGAGCAGGGAGCCCGAUGUGGGACUUGAUCCCAGGACCCUGGGAUCAUGACCUGAGCUGAAGGCAGACGCUUAACCGACUGAGCCACCCAGGCGCGAAUGUAAAGUUUUCUAUUUGUGUUGAGGUGGCCACUUACUGUCUUUAAAACUGUAUGCCUGAUAUAUGCAGUCAUUUUGAAUUGGGUCAGUGCCUUCUCUUUUUUUUUUUCCUUUCCUUCCACCUCCUUCCCCUGCACCCCUGCCCAGUUUAAAGAGGGCUGUUCACUCCGACAGAGAUACAGGAGGUGGACGAAUUUGAGACCAUUCUAUCCAAUUUACAUUCGCGGCAACACUAGAGCUUAUUCUCUCUAUAAAACAAGCUGAGCUUUUAUCCCUUACGCCUUUAAAUGCCACCCCGGUAUUCACAUCAUGGCCACUUGACCAUCGUGGACCGAUGCCCGCCCUUUAGACUUAGCGCCGUAGACGCCGACGUCCAGCGCUGUUGUGACUCCCGUAGGAGCCUCAUCGCAGAACCUCUCAGCUGAGAAGCAGGGAGCUCGGGGGAUAUUCCAAAGUCAUGUUUCCGAAUAUGUGUCCUUUAUAUGCAAGCUUUGUAAAGACCCCCCCAUGUCCUCUGAGGUGCGCCGUAUCACCUUCUCACAAGUAUUUGCUUUCUUUUAACCAAAAGUAUCAUUCUUGGGUGAGAAUAUAGAUUUGUUCUAUCUAGUGAUAGUCUGGAAAACAAAGAGCCAAUUAAAUUUUUUAGUUUUAAAAAUUUUAAUUUAUAUAUAUAUAUAUGCAUAUAUAUAUUUUGAAUGAGGAGUAUUUUCAACUGUAGACAUGUAGUAUGUCGUGUGGGUAAGGCUCUGUUUUAUUUUAACAAGCGGUGGUCAUAAUGAGCCUCCUUCCAGCCUUUUUUUCCCUUCUUCCCCUCUCUUUCCUUUGUGACUUUUGUAAAGAAUGGAAUUUCUUUGGCUUUAUCUUGUCUUGGGGUUUUGUUCAAAGCUCCAAGCGCUACCCUCCACCCCCACCCCUUUCGUAAAGCUCUUUAAGUAGCUGAAAGAUUAACAGUCUGGUGGGAGGCAGAGUCAUUUAAUUGAACCACCAGAAAGUAUAUUUUCUCCUUUUCUUUUUCUGCCAACUUUUUGUUGGCAUUCGUAAAAGCUGAUCUGAAAGGCUCUGAGACGUUAUUUUCCAUUAUUCCAUAGGCAAGCCUUUCUACAGAGCUUGUGUCUCUAGUCGGCAACUGGAGACACUUCUGAGCAUCCAGUUCUUGUUACCAGUGCCUCCCAAAGCUUAGUGCACAGUACUGUAUAGACUGGCCAUCGCCCCUCUCCUUGGAAAACGCCACUGUGCUGUUUGAGAAAAAGCAGCCUUUUAGGGCUAGAGUAUUUUAUAUACACAGAAGAGCUAAGUUUCUGAAGACUAAGCUAGGUAGAUGCAGCUACAUGUAAAUUGUAUAUUUUUAUGAACUUUUCAAGCACGCACUCUUCCUUCCCUCUGCAUAGCUUUGUGGGGUUUUGGUGUAUGUGUGUGUCGUCUGCGAGAGUCCAGAAGUUGGAGUGACCUUAGGAGAUGAGGACAGAAAGUAUGUGCAGCCUUUGAAAGUGACCAGAUAAUUGUCUUCACUGUGACCAAUCGGAGCCCCUGUUUGUGAAGAAGGGGCUUUUUUGUACCUCGUUGAAGAUGCCACCUCAGAAGUUCACACUGUGCAGGGAAAAGGUUUUAUUCUCUCCCAGCGCACAUUAGAAUGUCAGAAGCCCACAUCCACGUGGACCACGGUGCACCACUAACAGACCACUAAAAUUUGGCAGGCAGGGGGAUUGUGUACAGAUUUUCUCUGGAGGCUGAGUUUGCCCCUUUAUGUCUUGAACGCCCCUUGAACCUUGUGAGACACGGGUCCAGGCGGAUGAAAUGACAGAAAUCUGCAGAGGAGUCCAGGGAGGAGCCACAUCUAUGCAGACAUUUCCAGACAUGUGAGAAGUUCCAGUAAUUACUGGCUGCCCUGGCAUACUGGGUACAAGGUUAUGAUGCUGGGUAACUGGUUGAAACUUUGGACUUUGGGAAGAGAGAUUCCUGGGGUUCCACCUCUGCUUGUAUCCCUCGGGACCUUUGGGUGGGACAGGUGUGGGACACACAGCUCUGUGUUCUCUCCUGCCCAUCAUCCUGGCCUACUAGAUUAAGCUAUGCUUCAGCCAUUUAAGGAAUGUACCCCUUCUCACACAGUGGCUGUUUUGGGGGGAACUGGGGAGAGCGAUGGUGUGGCGAGGCUCUUAGAGAUAAUCGCCCACUUCCCCUUGGAGAAUCCUGUCUUCAAAUAUCCACCCAAUGGUCACUCCAUCUUGUAAGAUUAUAGUCCCGCUACUUCCUUAAGGGCAGAAACCUCAUCUUGUUAGGUUUGGUUGGUCACUUUCCUACUGAUGGGGGGCAUGGUGAAUCCCCGAGAAGAUUUUUCCUCCGACAGAGCUGGGAGACCCGUCAGAGAAGGGUUCUGGGAGAUAAGUCAACUGAAUACCAUCUCCAUAUUGAUUUUCAGAAUUGACUCUUAAAACUUUGUGCAGAAUCUUCACUUUGUUGGGAUUGUAUCUCAACAUCCCUAGUCUGUUAUUUUUAUUAACUGGAGUGUGUGCUGCCUUUCAGGUACAAUUUUUAUGUAAUAAGAGCCAGUGCAUUAAGUUUAUAUAGACUACUUUCUAUGCAAGACUGAGAUAUGGAAUAGAUAGCAAGAGAGAUGGAUAGUUGGGUACACGGACAAUGAGCUCGUUCUCAGAAUGGGAACCACCAUCGAAUGUGGGUUGAGGGAGGAUAGGUUGUGUAUGUGUUUCUGCCCACUAAUUUUGAGCAGCCAUAUUAGGAAUUAAAUCCUCAGAGCCAAGUAACCCAAGAAUGGUAUUCGUCCCAUUUGUGCUAAUGCCAGUGGAAACAAGUAUGAGUGCCCAAGUGGAGCAUUAUUCUCCGAUGUCCUCCCGUGUCACUUCUCAUUUAAAGACUCUUGUUACGAAUUAUUAGAAACUUUAGGCAAAAUCAAAGUAUUGGCAGCAAAAUAAAGGCCUACUCUGCUCUUAUUUCAAGUGGAACACUGUAUACUUGUUUCUCUCCAAAGUGAAAUUAGGCAUUUAUGAUUUCAAUUGCCUUGAUACGUUUCCAAAUCACCGAUUUCUGCUGAAGAUUUUACUAUAUUGUUGCACAAUUUUACGAUAAUUUUUGUCUCAAUGUCAACUUUUUUCACUGAAUAAAAAUGUAACUGGGCCAAGGAAA